UCGCAAUGCUGGUGCCGCCGGAUAUGAUGGCCGCCCAGACGCGGAUGAUUUACCAAAUGAAUCGAUAUUGUGCUGAACGCGUCCAGGCACGGAUGUUCAAGACAGCGACGGCUAUCCGUGAGAUCUGCAAGAUUGUCCAGGACAUUCUCAAGGAGGUGGAACUGCAGGAGCCGCGCUUCAUCUCCAGCCUCGUGGAGUGCAAUGGCAGAUUCGAGGGCGUUGAGGUGAUCUCCCCCAAUGAGUUCGAGAUUGUGCUGUAUCUGAACCAGAUGGGGGUCUUUAAUUUCGUAGACGAUGGCACCUUGCCGGGCUGUGCUGUCCUCAAGCUAAGUGAUGGGCGGAAACGUUCCAUGUCCUUGUGGGUGGAGUUCAUCACAGCCAGCGGUUACUUAUCCUCGCGAAAGAUUCGUGCCCGCUUCCAGACCCUGGUGGCGCAGGCCUGCGAUAAGAGUGUCUAUCGGGAUAUGGUCAAGAUGAUUGGAGAUACCACCGAGGUGAAGCUGCGCAUAAGGGAACGCUUCAUUGUCCAGAUAACGCCGGCAUUCAAGUGCUCCGGGAUCUGGCCCAGAUCUGCUGCCCACUGGCCAGUGCCGCAUUUGCCAUGGCCACAUCCCAAUAUCGUGGCAGAGGUGAAGACCGAGGGAUUCGAUUUGCUGUCCAAGGAGAGUAUCCUGAUGCAGAACAAGAAUAACAAUAAUAAUAAUAAUAAUAGUGGAAGCAGCAAUGCUGCCAGCAUGGAGGGCGAUGCCUGGGUGCUGAGCUUCUUUGAGGCAGAGAAUCGAUUGCUUCAAGGUGGCUGUCGCCGUCGCUGCCUGAGCAUGCUGAAAACCCUGCGGGACAAGCACUUGGAGCUGCCUGGUAAUCCUAUCAGCGCCUAUCAUCUCAAGAACCUGCUGCUGUACGAGUGCGAGAAGCAUCCGCGGGACUUUGAGUGGGACGAGGGCUGUGUGGCGGACAGGAUCAAUGGCAUCUUCCUGCAGCUGAUAUCCUGCCUCCAGUAUCGCCGCUGUCCGCACUACUUCCUGCCCGGAUUGGAUAUGUUCAAGGGCAAGUCUCCAUCGGCCUUGGAGCAGGCUGCCAAGCAGGUGUGGCGUCUCACCCGGGAGUUGCUCACCAAUGCCAAUGCCUUCGAAAAGCUCUAAGGGAGAGAAUAGAGGUGGCAGGCUCAAACUAGGACAUUUUCUUGGCCAUUUUAAUAGAAAACAUUAGACUUUAAUUGGUUUUUAUACAUGUUAAGUUCAGAAAUCUUUAAAUUCAAACAAUUUUAGAGAAAACAUAGAGCGGGGUCCAAAACCGAUCCAUUUCCGGUUUGCGGGGGAGUGUCUGGCCUCGAGUCCUUUGGCGGCCAUUUUGUGUCCUGUCCGAGAGAGAGAGAACUGAGAGAGAGAGAGUGUGUGUGCAUGUGUGCUUGUGUUUAUUUUUGCCAAAGUGUUAAUGCCGAGAUGCGAGAUAAGGACACUCCCCAUAUGACUCGACUCUGCUCCUGCUCCUUCCCUGUCCUGCCCAUCCAAGCAUUAUGGCUAAGCCCUCGAAUAUUGUUUUUAAUAACGCACGAGCAUCCUUUGUCUGGAAACAAUGGAACAAUUUCAAGGGUCCCGGUGCAGAAGGGAAGCAGGGGGAAAAAAUAUCGAAAUGAAAAGGGAAAAAGAGCAUUUGGCCAGGCGGCUCCUUUUACACAUGUAGAGGAGUUGAGGACCUCUCCACGUAUACGAUUGUUUCACAGCUCGCAGAUCCUAGAUCAAAGCCGAAGGCGGGAAACACAAAAAAAUAUAUAUAGAUAUAUACACAGGAUAUAGGAAGAGGGAGAUUCCAUUGAGUGUUUUAAGUCCAACUUUAUAUUGUUUUUUUUAUACUACUUAUAUAUACUUAUCAAUAUAUUUAUACACAUAUGUAUAUUGUCGGUGUCUAUUAUUAUGCGAGGCCUCACAUUUACCGCGAUUAUUAACAGUUGGGUUUAAGUGCAACAUAAUCCUAGAUUGCUUAAGGGAAAAUGCAUCACAAUACUAAUGAAAAUAAUAGAGAUAAUA